AUGAUGAAAUACUGUUUUCGAUGGAUUGUUGGCCAAUUGGUCAAAUUAAAUACCUUUGAUAAAGGAACAACUGAUGAACAUUCAAAACGCAAUGAAAUUUUAUCGACAAGAGUUUAUAUUAUCAGUUCAAUUAUAAUUCUUUCCGUUUUAACCUUAAUAACAUCAUUGCAAUCGAAUUUGAACACAAUUACAAUGAAAAAUCCGACGGAAGAUGAAUAUAACAAAUUACAAUUGAAAAAUUUCGAUCAUUUUCAAUGUCCUUGUGCACAAAUCUCGAAUACAUAUAAUGAAUUUGUCACUAUAAUUCCUGAAUAUCAUGAAAUAUGUUCAUCUGAUUUUCUAAGUGAAAAUUGGAUUAAUUAUUUAUUUUAUGAAAACACGAGUUAUUAUUUUCAAUUAGAUUUCCGUCAUAGUGCAUCAUCAAGAUUUCAACUUCUUCGUACAUUAUGUCAACUAGCCCAACAAUCGAUAACAGAUUAUUUAAACGAAUAUUAUUCAUAUGAAUUCAUUACCAAUGAACUUUUAUCAUCAAAUGUAUUUCAUCUUCAAAUAGAUUCAUUUCUUGAUUUAUUUCAACAAACUUUCCCAUCAUCAUUUCAAAAUUUGUUAAAAUUAAUUCGACAGACAACAAUAUCAAAUGGAAUAUUCUCAGCAAUCGAUACAAGUCUUGCUUAUGCAAUUCAUCCAUCAAAUAUCACACGAAUUUAUAUGGAUAGUAUUUAUUAUUAUGAAAUAGAUUUACAAGGCAAAUUUUUUGAUUGUUAUUGUAAUAAUAAGACAACAUGCGAAAUGCCUGAAGGAAUUUAUAGUAAUUUAGAUCGAUAUGAUUAUCCAGGAUCUGCUUGGAUUAAUGAUGUUAAUGUUAAAGCACAAACUACAGCAAUUAAUGCAACAUUUUUUAUCGAUGGAAUGAUUGUGGGUUGUAAACCAAUUGAAUCUUUAAUGCGUUCAACUCUCGAAUGUUUAUAUGAUCGAAUUUGUUUAAAUCGAAUUGGAAAAUUUAUUAAUUAUACUUCAAUAUCAAUUGAAUCAUUUCAAACUUUAAAUCAAUCGAAAGUAAUUCGAAAUGAAACUAUUGAAACAUUGACCAAUAAAUUAUUUGUUGAAAAUUGGAUUAUUGAUAAAUCAUAUUCGAAGUAUUUUCAUUCGUGUCAACCUUCAUUUUGUCAAUAUACAGUUGAACAAAAACAAAGUUUUGUACGAAUUCUCGCAACUCUUAUUAGUUUAUAUGGAGGUUUAAGAAUUGCUCUUUCAUUAAUUAUUCCUGCAAUUGUUAAGUUUUUUCGACGAAAAAAAGCACCGCAAUAUCGACCAUCAAACGGUAUUGUAUUGUUUUUCAACAUUUAG